AUGAUGGAUGAUCAUCAACAGUUAAAAAGUAAAUAUGAACGAUUAUGUGUGGAAUUCAAAAAGCUUCGUACAAAGUAUAAAACAUUGAAAGACAAUGAAAAUGAGUUAAACCAACAAUUACAUGAAGAAAUCUUACAAAAAAAUUUACAUAUUGAAAAAUUAAAACAAGAAAUUGAACAAUUAAAACAAUCAUUAAAUAAUCCUAUUGUUCCUAUUAAUGGAAUUACUUAUGAAAAUUCAACUAAAUUAUCAUUACUAUUAAAUGAUAAUUCAAGUCAAUUGUCUUGCCCUACCGAUACUGUCGCAAAGAAAUCUAUCACUACUCAGGAAAUAAAUAAUGAUUUCAAUCAAACUAAACUAUCCGAUACUACUUAUAAACCUAUUUACAUUACAAAACACAAUUCAUUUUCUAUUACAACUAAUGAUUAUUCAACAAAUUCAAUAUUAUCAUCUCCUUCCGACAAUUGUCAUCAUGUUGCUGUAGAUACUCAUAAUAACUCAUCCAAAUCUUUAUUAUCAUCAUUAUCAUCUUUAACAUUACCAUCAUCUUCAUCAUCACUUCUAUUGGAGGAUACAUUGAUGACAACAAAAUCGACAGUAUCUGUUGCUUCGAGUUCUACUUCUACUACUAGUACUAGUACUACUCCUACUCCUACUACUAGUACUACUUCUACUACAAGUGCUACUCCUUCUUCUAGUACGACUUCUACUUCAAGUACUACUACUACUCCUCCAACUUCUACUAGUACGACUUCUACUACUAGUACUACCAUGAAUCUUCCAUCUUCUUCGGAUCAAGAUUGGAGAUCAGUUAUAGACGUCGAAGAGGAAUUAAUUCAACAAUUUAUCCAAUUAUUAAAUAAUUGGAUCAAUUCAAUUAAAACAAAUCAAAAUAUAUCAAUCAUAGAUAAAGAUAAAUUAGAUCAUAUCCUUAUGAAUCGUAUUACUGAAUUAGAAAGUCAAUUAUGUGAAAUUACAUUACGAUAUCAAUUAGAACAUAAACGUCGAUUAAAAUCAGAAACAAAAGACGACUCCAAACUUAUGGCUCAUAGUAGUCAAGCAAGCAAUUCAAAUGAUCUUGAUCCAUUAUCUAAUAGUAGUAAUGAAAAAUCUGAUGAAAAUUCUAAUGCACAUAAAGUAAUAAUGAAACGUUUACAUACAGCUAUUGAAGAAUCAAUUUAUUAUGCUUCAAGAGCUAAUUUCUUACAAGAUGAACUCGAAUCCCUUAUCCCAUGGAUUAUACAAUUAUUAUAUUUCUAUCAAAAACAACAAUCUAAAUAUCAUAUAAUAAAACAAUCUAAUGAACAAUUAAAACAACAAUUAGAAUUAAUAAAAACCAAUACAAUUAAACAAAUUAAUGAAAUGGCUAAACAUAUAAAUCAUUUAACUAAUGAAUUACAAACACUUCAAUUAAAUUCACUAUCAAAACAUCAUAAUCAUUUAAUGAAUGAACAAUCACAAUGGAAUGGUUUAACAAAUGAUAAUCAGGUUAAAAAAAAUACAUUAUUUAAUAUAUUGAAGAAAUGA